GGGGGCCUCCACAAGUCACGUGUGGUACCUUCUGGAACUCUCCCCCGGAGCAGCGAGUCCCGGGCGGCGGUUCCGGUCCGGCGGUUCCUCAGCUAUUUGUGGUGAUGCUGAAGCUGUGGCAGAGCCGUGCAGGAUGAGCAGGUUGCUGAAUGACCAGGAUUAUGCUCGAGUCAACCACUUCAGUUCCAGUGCAUCCCUCAGUACCACGCAUUCUGUUAACACGUCCCAACUUGCUGCUAGAUUAGAACCAUACAGCGAUAAAAAACCUAUUUCAGAUGUCAGAAGGACUUUCUGCUUAUUUGUCACAUUUGACCUUUUAUUUGUUGGUUUGCUGUGGAUAAUAGAAUUAAAUGUAGAUGGUGGCAUAAUUCAUAGUUUGGAAAGUGAGGUUAUUCACUAUGACUUCCACAAAUCUUACUUUGAUAUAUUUUUACUGGCGCUGUUCCGAUUCCUUAUGCUGAUUCUUGCCUAUGCUCUGUGCAGAUUAAACCACUGGUGGGUGAUCGCGAUUACAACAGCUGUCACCAGUGCCUUUCUAAUUGUAAAAGUCAUUGUUUCCAAGCUUCUGGUCCAAGGUACAGCCUUUGCCUAUUUACUGCCAAUCAUCUCUUUCAUACUGGCCUGGAUCGAGACCUGGUUCCUGGAUUUUAAGGUGUUGCCACAAGAGGCAAAGGAUGAAAACAGAGUCUUUACAGUAGCAGAACAUGCACCUCUCAUCAUUCCUGGCCCCCUCUCUGAUGGCCAGUUUUAUUCUCCUCCUGAAUCUGUUGUUGAUUCUGAUGAGGAAGAUGAUGCUGAACGCUCAAAAUAUUAACAGCAGCCGCCCACGUGGAUGCAGUUCAGUCUGAAAGGGAUAAUGGAAAAGUUUCUAAUCGCUGAGCUGCUGAAUGCUCCCAAUACCAGAAUUAAUUUUGGGGAAGAACGAGAUGUGACUGGCAAUGGGAAAUCUGUGAUUCACUUUAUGCUGCAGAGCCUUCACCUGAUGGAAGUUUAUCACUUUGCUGCCUUAUGCCAGCCUUGAAAUGGCUUCUGGAUCCUGCUAUCACUGAACUAACUUCAAUCCCAGAAUCGGCUGCUGCGUAACAUUUCUCAAAAUAGCUCAUUUUAGGCUCCAAACCAAUCAUUUCAGGGAUUAAUAAUUUUACUGAGAUAAUAUUUGAGGAUCACUGACAAGUGUGAUCAAGUCACCUGACUGAUGUGGUCGGACUUAUUCACUUUAAGCAUUAUGUUGCACUAAAAUUCUUAAUUAUUUUUGUUUGGUCUUUCAUUAUUUUAAAUGGAAUUGGCCAAAUGCAGCAAAAUGUUAUAAAUUAUGAAGUGUUCCUGAACAUUCAAGCUUUUUUUUCAUAUUUAUGCCUUAUUUGUAAAGAAAAGUAUUUGAGAUAAACAGAGGGAGCAUUGCACAGAUGCGCAAGUGACUGAUAUUCAGCCCAUGUGCUGUGUUUAUAUCCCUGAACAUCAAUGCACAUCACAGCUUACAGCUGUUACUUUCUGCAGCGCUAGUUUAUUGAAGGAAUUUUUAAAAAACCAUUUAUAUUUAGCUGACAAUAGCAACAAACUAGGCAGAAAAUUACACAGCAUUCUUGACAAUGAAACCAAACAAAAUAUUUUGUGACAGAAUGAAGAAUUUAUCUUUAUCCAUUAAUUGUUCCAGGAGGUGCUGAAAGCCCCAGAACUCAGUGUGGGUGGCAGGAUGCAGUCUCUGCUGCCAGUAUCAGCAAGUAAUUGGAUAUGUCAGCUGACAGCACUCCCAUAGUGUGAGCCCUGAUGCUGUGGUCGUGUUUGUAUUGUGAGAUGGGAAGCACUAGUGCAGAUAUUCCAAUCCUUCACUUCGUAAAACAGUUAAGUUUUAAUUGCAUUUCUUUUUAAUAAUUAAAGCAGUAGAUUUAUAAAUCAACGCAAUGCCAUUAUAAUUAACUUUAGUUGCUUGCAGACUUUUUGUCUAAGUAUUAAAUAUUGUGUUCUGUAAUAAAAGAUUAAUUCAUUCUUUUAAAAAAAAUAGGAGCGUUCCUUGGGACAAGGUUCCAAGUGUUGGUGACCUCUUCCCCAGCUCCCUCAUAAAUUAUAUGUUGUAUUUUCUGAUUUUUGUGCCUCAACACUAACAAAGAGCUCACUUGAUUUUGAACCUAGGCUGGCUGACCCCUAUCCCAUAGGAAGGCAGCCUGCCCCUGUCCCAUGCUCUUCCUAUAAGAUCUUCCUCUGCUAGCAAGUGUCUUUUGCGAGACACCUGAUCACCGACUCUUCCUAAUCCUCUCACCUCUUGAGUGGGUCGCAGCCUGAAGCAGUUGAGGACCGAUAUUCCCUGAGCCAUUGUCUAUUUGGUGUUUUGUGACUUCUGAUGUUUUUUCUGCCCUUGUAUCACCUGUUUAAUUUGUGGAUUUUUACUGGUGUCAUGACUACUGGCCCUCAACGUGAAAAGCCAUUUGUUUUAAGCCCAUCAAAUAAUUUUAUUCUGAUCUCUAAUCAGCUAAUUAUGCCGCUUUUACAGAUCAGCCCCUUCAUCUUCAGCCUGCUGAAGGAAGGAGGGUCGCGGUUAGAACAGGGACAUUGUAAAGGUGCGUAGCAUCUUCCCACAGUUAUGGAUGCCAGUGCUAGUUAACUGAUAAGACCCAUAUUUAAUAGACAAUCGUGGACACUUCAUUUCACAUAGUUCC